CAACAAAAAGAAUAACAGAAAUGGCUAAAUAUUUUUCUGAAUUAACUCUAUAUCUUGAUUCUAUGGAAAAUUAUUCUUUAUGUGAGGGGCACUAUAACCGGGUUGUUGCUAAAAAAAAUUUUAUUGAUCAAUUAGAGAAAGGAACUAAUCCAAUCCUUCCAUCUUUAGACGAAUCUGAGAAAAAAAAGUUAAAGUUUUCUAAUAACGAUGAUGACCCGCAAGUUCUUGAAAAAACUUUCGUUGAUGUUGGUAUUCAAGUUGAUUUGUGUGAAAAAACUUUCGUUGAUUUUGGCACCCAAGUUGAUUUGUGUGAAAAAACUUUUGUUGAUUUUGGUAUUCAAGUUGAUUUGUAUGAAAAAACCUAUGUCGAUUUUGGGUCCCAAGUAUCCUUUUUAGAUCCAAUAUGUGAAAUACUUCAAAGAAGAAUUGAUGAAUUAGAAAAAAAUAAUAAGCAAUUAUUAAGUGAAAAUGAAACAUUAAAAAAAAGACCAA